AUGUAUGAAGAAGAAGACCAAUAUGAAAAUGAUGAAGAUGCUGGAGAAAUCUCAUCCGAACUAUGGCAAGAAGCCUGCUGGAUAGUGAUCAACUCAUAUUUUGAUGAAAAAGGUUUGGUUCGACAACAGUUGGACUCAUUUGAUGAAUUUAUUCAAAUGUCUGUUCAGAGAAUUGUCGAGGAUACUCCUAUCAUUGAUCUUCAAGCAGAAGCGCAACAUGCAUCUGGAGAAAUUGAAAAUCCUCCUCAUUAUUUACUUAAAUUUGAACAAAUUUACCUUUCUAAGCCUACUCAUUGGGAAAAAGAUGGAGCUCCUAGUCCGAUGAUGCCCAAUGAAGCUCGUUUAAGAAAUUUGACUUAUUCUGCUCCUCUCUAUGUAGACAUUACAAAAAAAAUAAUCAAAGAAGGAGAGGAUCCAAUCGAGACCAAACAUCAGAAAAGUUUCAUUGGAAAAAUUCCUAUAAUGCUGAGAUCAACUUACUGUCUUUUAAGCGGUUUAACUGACAGAGAUCUAACAGAGUUAAAUGAAUGUCCUUUAGAUCCAGGAGGGUAUUUUAUAAUAAAUGGAUCUGAAAAAGUUUUGAUAGCCCAGGAAAAAAUGGCAACCAACACUGUGUACGUCUUCAGUAUGAAGGAUGGAAAAUUUGCUUACAAAGCUGAAAUAAGAAGUUGCUUGGAGCACUCGUCAAGACCAACAUCCACGUUAUGGGUAAACAUGAUGGCUAGAGGUGGUCAGAGUAUUAAGAAAUCAGCCAUAGGGCAAAGAAUAAUAGCAAUUUUACCAUAUAUUAAGCAGGAAAUUCCCAUAAUGAUAGUUUUUAGGGCACUAGGUUUUGUAGCCGAUAGAGAUAUUUUAGAACAUAUAAUAUAUGAUUUUGAUGAUCCAGAAAUGAUGGAAAUGGUCAAGCCAUCGCUUGAUGAAGCUUUUGUCAUUCAGGAACAAAAUGUAGCAUUGAAUUUUAUUGGGGCCAGAGGAGCCAGGCCUGGAGUUACCAAAGAAAGAAGAAUAAAAUAUGCUAAAGAAAUUCUGCAAAAAGAAAUGUUGCCUCAUGUAGGAGUAUCUGAUUUUUGUGAAACGAAAAAAGCUUAUUUUUUAGGUUAUAUGGUUCACAGAUUACUACUGGCAGCUUUGGGAAGAAGAGAAUUAGAUGACAGAGAUCAUUACGGAAAUAAAAGAUUAGAUUUGGCUGGACCAUUGCUUGCUUUUUUAUUUCGUGGCCUCUUUAAGAACUUAAUGAAGGAAGUAAGAAUGUUCGCCCAAAAAUUUAUAGAUAGGGGAAAAGAUUUUAAUUUAGAAUUGGCCAUUAAAACCAAAAUUAUAACUGAUGGUCUUCGUUAUUCACUGGCAACAGGAAACUGGGGAGAUCAAAAAAAAGCUCAUCAAGCCAGAGCUGGGGUUUCACAGGUUUUAAACAGGCUCACAUUUGCUUCGACAUUAAGUCAUUUACGAAGAGUGAACUCUCCUAUAGGCCGAGAUGGGAAACUUGCUAAACCUCGUCAGCUUCACAAUACUCUUUGGGGAAUGAUUUGUCCCGCUGAGACGCCUGAAGGUGCAGCUGUUGGACUAGUUAAAAACAUUGCUCUCAUGGCUUAUAUUUCAGUUGGGUCUCAGCCUUCUCCCAUUUUAGAAUUUUUGGAAGAGUGGUCCAUGGAAAACCUUGAAGAAAUUGCUCCCUCAGCUAUCGCGGACGCCACAAAAAUUUUUGUCAACGGAUGUUGGGUUGGAAUUCACAGAGAUCCGGAACAGUUAAUGGCCACCCUAAGAAAACUUAGAAGGCAAAUGGAUAUAAUAGUUUCGGAAGUGUCCAUGAUCAGAGAUAUUCGAGACAGGGAGAUAAGAAUAUACACCGAUGCCGGUCGUAUUUGCAGGCCAUUGUUAAUAGUUGAAGGAGGACAACUUUUACUUAAGAAAAACCACGUAAACAUGCUCAAAGAACGUGAAUAUAACAAUUUCGGGUGGCAAGUUUUGGUGGCGAGCGGAGUAGUAGAAUAUAUAGAUACAUUAGAAGAAGAAACCGUUAUGAUAGCCAUGUCACCGGACGAUCUUAGGCAAGAUAAAGAAUAUGCAUACUGUACAACUUAUACUCAUUGCGAAAUUCAUCCUGCCAUGAUUUUAGGAGUUUGUGCUAGUAUUAUUCCUUUCCCUGAUCACAAUCAAAGUCCCCGUAAUACAUAUCAAAGCGCCAUGGGAAAACAAGCCAUGGGAGUUUAUAUAACAAAUUACCAUGUCAGAAUGGAUACUCUGGCUCAUGUUUUAUUUUAUCCUCAUAAACCAUUAGUUAUUACAAGAUCCAUGGAAUAUUUAAGAUUUCGAGAACUACCUGCUGGAAUUAAUUCUAUAGUUGCUAUAUUGUGCUACACCGGUUACAAUCAAGAAGACAGUGUCAUUUUGAAUGCGUCUGCAGUCGAGCGAGGAUACUUUCGAUCCGUUUUUUAUCGUUCGUACAAAGAUUCAGAAUCGAAAAGAAUCGGUGACCAAGAAGAACAGUUUGAGAAACCUAAUAGGCAAACAUGUCAAGGAAUGAGAAAUGCCAUGUAUGACAAGUUAGACGAUGAUGGUAUUAUAGCUCCUGGUGUUAGGGUUUCAGGAGAUGACGUAAUAAUUGGAAAAACUAUUACCUUACCCGAUAACGACGAUGAGUUGGAAGGUGCUACCAAAAGAUAUACAAAGCGAGAUGCGAGCACGUUUUUGAGAAAUUCGGAAACGGGUUGCGUCGACCAAGUAAUGAUUACGUUGAAUUCCGAGGGAUACAAAUUUUGUAAAAUUCGAGUUAGAUCCGUUCGAAUCCCUCAAAUCGGCGAUAAAUUUGCGUCUAGGCACGGUCAAAAGGGUACAUGCGGAAUACAAUACAGACAAGAAGAUAUGCCUUUCACUUGUGAAGGUUUAACUCCCGACAUAAUUAUAAAUCCUCACGCUAUUCCAUCUCGUAUGACCAUAGGUCACUUGAUCGAGUGUCUCCAAGGUAAAGUUUCAUCAAACAAGGGAGAAAUAGGAGACGCAACACCUUUUAACGAUGCAGUUAACGUACAAAAAAUAUCUACACUCUUGCAAGAAUACGGAUAUCAAUUAAGAGGUAACGAAUUAAUGUACAACGGUCACACGGGUCGUAAAAUAAAUGCCCAAGUUUUUCUGGGACCAACUUACUAUCAGCGUUUGAAACACAUGGUGGAUGACAAAAUUCAUUCGAGGGCCAGGGGUCCCGUUCAAAUAUUAGUUCGUCAGCCUAUGGAGGGUCGUGCCAGGGAUGGAGGACUUCGAUUCGGUGAAAUGGAAAGAGAUUGUCAAAUAUCUCAUGGUGCUGCACAGUUUUUAAGGGAAAGAUUGUUUGAAGUGUCAGAUCCUUAUAGGAUUCACGUUUGUAAUUUUUGUGGUCUCAUUGCCAUAGCCAAUCUCAGAAACAACACAUUUGAAUGUAAAGGAUGUAAAAAUAAAACUCAGAUAUCGCAAGUUCGAUUACCUUAUGCAGCAAAACUCUUAUUUCAAGAACUUAUGUCUAUGAACAUAGCUCCAAGAUUGAUGGUUUUGUAA